AUGGGUCGCUUAGAGCUCUUAGGUUGGCUCAAUCGCGAGCUGACGUGCGAUUUGGCGUCGCUGCGCGAUUGCGCGGAUUGCGUCGCGUAUUGUCAACUCGUGGACGCCCUGCAUCCGGGCGCGGUGAUCCUGCGCGCGCUCGAUUUCAACGCCGUGACGGAGGGAGAUAAACAGCGGAACGCGCGAGUUCUUGAGCGAGGGAUGCGAGCGUGUGGGAUGGAGGCGACGGUUGAUUACGACGCGUUGGCGCUCGGAAAGUUCACGGAACAUAAUAAUUUACUCAGGUGGUUUUACGCGUACGUGGCGAAGAACGGGGCGGAGGCGUUGGAGCGGUACGACGCGUACGCGGCGCGCGUGAAGGCGCAGCGACACAAGGCGCGCGCGGAGGCGAGAAGACGAGGCGACGGUGUGACGCCGAUGAAGACUCCGAGAGAGAGAGAUCGACACGAUGAGAGAACGAUGAGUGUCAGCGAGCGUUCGACGACGAUGAGCGAGAGGUUGGUUCCGAACGAUCUGAGCGCGCAGACGCCCGAGCCGCGGACGCCGAUUUCGACGCCGUACGAAGACGCCGACUCGAGCUUUGAGUUCGCACCCGUCGUGGCGCCGGAAGCGCCUGCGACGCCUCGCGCGCUCACAUUUCCGGAAACCCCUGAUGUUUCCGCGCGCGCGUCGACCGUCGAACCGUCGUCGAUCGAGACGUCGCCGCGGCGUCCGCGCGGGCUCGAUCGGUGGGCGACCAAGGCGCGCGCCGCGCAGGAGGCCAAGCUCGCCGCUCAAGAGUCCACGCUCGCGGCUCAAGAGCCCACGCUCGCGGUUCAAGAGCCUACGUCUCCCGAGCGUUCCACCGUCACCGACGAGGGCCUCACCCACGUGCCCGCCCCGCCCGAGACCCCGCCGGUGGAGAUCGUCGAGGAAACCGCCACGACGUGUUGCGGCUUCAAGAGCACCUUCAAGCGCACCGUCACCCGUCUCGACGCCUCGCGCUCGCCCACCGCCCUCGUCGCUUAA